ACUGGUGAAGGGUGUUUUCAUUUGUUGCAGUGCAAGCUGUGUCCCUGGUCUCCCUGCUGUAUCCAAAGUUCUUGCUUCCGUGGAGGGUUACUUAUAUGGAGAGGGUUCUAUCUUAUAUUUCCCACCUGUUUGCAGUUUGUUGCCCUUUCUAGAGGACUGAGCAAAACAUAGGCUGUGUAUCUGGGUUUUGGGGACGGUUUAUCUGGGGACAAUUUUUUUCUGUAGUUAGUUUUGGAACCUGAGUCACCGUGGAUUUUGCCUUUCUAAUGGGUUGAGAUGGCUGACAGAUUGACAAGGAAACCCGCGAAGUAUUACUCCUUUUCUGGAACCUCUCGGAAAGAUUCAGUGAAGGCACUGAGGUUUUCAAGGUCACUGAACCUCAAAAGAGUCACUGCAGAAGUCAGCCAAAGGCAGCUGGUAGCAGUGUUUGAUGAGCAGGACCCGCACCAUGGAGGUGACGGCACCAGUGCCAGCUCCACAGGCACCCAGAGUCCGGAGAUGUUUGGCAGUGAGCUCGGCACCAGCAGUGGUUCAGCCUUCCAGCCUUACCGAGCAACGAGUGAGAUCGAGGUCACCCCUUCGGCCCUCCGAGCCAAUAUGCCUCUUCACGUCCGACGAAGCAGUGACCCAGCCUUAAUUGGCCUCUCCACGUCUGUCAGUGAUAAUAACUUCUGCUCUGAAGAACCUUCACGGAAAAACCCCACACGCUGGUCGACAACCGCUGGCUUCCUCAAACAAAACACCGCCGGCAGCCCUGCAGCUUGUGACAGGAAGAAAGAUGAAAACUACAGAAGCCUCCCACGGGACACUAGUAACUGGUCUAACCAAUUUCAGAGAGACAAUGCUCGCUCAUCUCUGAGUGCUAGUCACCCAAUGGUGGACAAGUGGCUGGAGAAGCAAGAACAGGAUGAGGAUGGCACAGAGGAAGACAGCAGCCGUGUUGAGCCCGUGGGGCAUGCCGACACUGGUGUGGAGAACGUACCCAACUUUUCUCUGGAUGCUAUGCUAAAGCUCGUACAAGUCCCCAACGACGGAGGGCCUCUGGGAAUCCAUGUAGUGCCUUUCAGUGCUCGAGGCGGCAGAACCCUGGGGUUAUUAGUAAAACGAUUGGAGAAAGGUGGUAAAGCUGAACAAGAAAACCUUUUUCAUGAGAAUGAUUGCAUUGUCAGGAUUAAUGAUGGCGACCUCCGAAAUAGAAGAUUUGAACAAGCACAACAUAUGUUUCGCCAAGCCAUGCGGACAUCCAUCAUCUGGUUCCACGUGGUUCCCGCGGCAAACAAAGAGCAGUACGAACAACUGUCCCAAAGCGAGAGGAACAAUUACUAUUCGAGCCGCUUCAGCCCCGACAGCCAGCGUGUGGAUCACAGGAGUGUGAACAGUGCAGGGCCGCAGGCUCUGCCGAGGAUGCCCCGGCCGAACCCCCUGCCCGAGCACGCGGACCCUCACCCCCGACUCCUACCUCAGAGCGCACAGCCCUCGGGAAAGCCGCCCGCGGCUCCGGGCCCAGCCGUACACCACGUGUUCAGUCCCAGCAGUGGUUACAACACCAAAAAAGUAGGCAAGAAGCUUAACAUCCAGCUUAAGAAAGGUACAGAAGGCUUGGGAUUCAGCAUCACUUCCCGGGAUGUGACAAUAGGUGGCUCAGCUCCAAUUUAUGUGAAAAACAUCCUCCCACGAGGGGCUGCCAUCCAGGAUGGCCGACUGAAGGCGGGAGAUAGACUCAUAGAGGUAAAUGGCGUUGAUCUAGCAGGCAAAUCCCAGGAGGAAGUUGUUUCCCUGUUGAGAAGCACCAAGAUGGAAGGGACCGUGAGCCUUCUGGUCUUUCGCCAAGAAGAUGCCUUCCACCCAAGGGAACUGAAUGCAGAGCCAAGCCAGAUGCAGAUUCCAAAAGAAACGAAAGCAGAAGAUGAGGAUACUGUUCUCACACCUGAUGGCACCAGGGAAUUUCUGACAUUUGAAGUUCCGCUGAAUGAUUCGGGAUCUGCCGGUCUUGGCGUCAGUGUCAAAGGUAACCGGUCAAAGGAGAACCACGCAGAUUUAGGAAUCUUCGUCAAGUCCAUUAUUAAUGGAGGAGCAGCAUCUAAAGACGGGAGGCUUCGGGUGAAUGAUCAACUGAUAGCAGUGAAUGGAGAAUCCCUGUUGGGCAAGACAAACCAGGAUGCCAUGGAAACCCUGCGGAGGUCCAUGUCCACCGAAGGGAACAGGCGGGGGAUGAUCCAGCUCAUUGUGGCGAGGAGACUAACCAAAGGCACCGAGCUGAAGUCACCUGGGAGCCCCUCUGGACCUGAGCUGCCCAUUGAAACGGUGUUGGAUGAUAGAGAACGAAGGAUCUCCCACUCCCUCUACAGCGGGCUUGAAGGGCUUGAUGAAUCACCCACAAGAAAUGCUGCGCUCAGCAGGAUAAUGGGUGAGUCAGGUAAAUACCAGCUGUCCCCCACAGUGAAUAUGCCCCAAGACGACACUGUCAUUAUCGAGGAUGACAGGCUGCCAGUGCUCCCCCCACAUCUCUCUGACCAGUCAUCUUCCAGCUCCCACGAUGAUGUAGGAUUUGUGACAACGGACACUGGCGCAUGGGCCAAGGCCGGCAUCAGUGAGUCAGCAGAGUGCAGCUCUUUGAGUCCAGACGUCGAUCCAGUUCUUGCUUUUCAACGAGAGGGAUUUGGACGUCAGAGUAUGUCAGAAAAACGCACAAAGCAAUUUUCAGAUGCCAGUCAAUUGGAUUUCGUUAAAACGCGAAAAUCAAAAAGCAUGGAUUUAGGUAUAGCUGACGAGACUAAACUCAAUACAGUGGAUGACCAGAAAGCAGGUUCUCCCGGCAGAGAUGUGGGGCCUUCCUUGGGUCUGAAGAAGUCAAGCUCUUUAGAGAGUCUGCAGACAGCAGUCGCUGAGGUGACUUUGAAUGGGGACAUUCCUUUCCAUCGCCCGCGGCCGCGGAUAAUCCGAGGAAGGGGAUGCAAUGAAAGCUUCAGAGCUGCCAUUGACAAGUCCUAUGAUAAACCUGCGGCAGAUGACGACGAUGAAGGCAUGGAGACAUUGGAAGAAGACACGGAAGAGAGUUCAAGAUCAGGGAGAGAGUCUGUCUCCACGGCCAGCGACCAGCCUUCCCACUCUCUGGAGAGACAGAUGAAUGGAAACCAAGAGAGAGGCGAGAAGACCGAUCGCAGGAAGGAGAAAAUGGGGAAAGAGAAGAAGAAGGACAGAGACAAGGAGAAGGAGAAGAUGAAAGCCAAGAAGGGGAAGCUGAGGGGCCUGGGAGACAUGUUCAGGUUUGGCAAACAUCGAAAAGAUGACAAGAUUGAGAAAACGGGUAAAAUAAAAAUGCAGGACUCCCUUACAUCAGAAGAGGAGAGAGUACGGAUGAAGCAGGAGCAGGAAAGGAUUCAAGCGAAAACUCGAGAAUUUAGGGAGCGACAGGCUCGGGAGCGUGACUAUGCUGAAAUCCAAGAUUUUCAUCGGACAUUUGGUGGUGAUGAUGAGUUGAUGUACGGGGGAAUUUCUUCCUAUGAAGGUUCCAUGGCUCUCAGCACCAGACCCCAGAGCCCGAGAGAAGGGCAUAUGAUGGAUGCUUUGUAUGCCCAAGUGAAGAAGCCGCGGAAUUCCAAACCUUUACCUGCAGACAGCAACAGAUCAACUCCUAGCAACCAUGAUCGGAUACAGCGUCUCCGGCAAGAAUUUCAGCAAGCAAAGCAGGAUGAAGAUGUGGAGGAUCGGCGACGCACCUAUAGCUUUGAACAACCCUGGCCCAACUCCAGACCGUCGGCGCAGAGCGGCCGGCACUCGGUGUCGGUGGAGGUGCAGAUGCAGCGACGACGGCAGGAGGAGCGCGAGAGCUUCCAGCAGGCCCAGCGCCAGUACAGCUCCCUGCCCCGGCAGAGCAGGAAAAACGGCAGCUCCGUCUCCCAGGAUUCCUGGGAGCAGAACUACGCCGCGGGGGGAGGCUUCCAGAGCGCCAAGGAGAACCCCAGGUAUUCUAGCUACCAAGGCUCCCGGAACGGCUACCUGGGCGGCCACGGCCUCAACGCCAGGGUCAUGCUGGAGACCCAGGAGCUCCUCCGCCAGGAGCAGAGGCGGAAAGAGCAGCAGAUGAAGAAGCCGCCCCCUCCCCCCGAGGGGCUCAACAACUAUGACUCAUAUAAGCAAGUCCAGGACGCCAGUCACAUGCCCCCCAAGGGGCCCUUCCGGCAGGACGUUCCCCCCUCCCCUUCUCAGGUCGCCAGGCUGAACAGACUCCAGACUCCUGAGAAAGGCAGGCCCUUCUAUUCCUGAGCAGGACGAGAGCAGACUCUUCGUGUCAUGCAAUAAAGGACAUUUUCCCAUGAAGACUUGUAUUGGGGGAGUUGUUUUGAAACCUCGGUGGUAGCGUGGAAUAUUUCUGUUGCUGGUAUUAGUGCCUUUAGCC